AGAAGAAGGGUGGAGCAGGGUGAGUAUAACAACUUGCUGCAAGAGAUGAGGCUAUCCGACACAGAUAGCCACUUCAGGUAUUUAAGAAUGUCCCGAGAAAAGUUCGAUUUUCUACUAUCACAAGUUGCACCAUCUUUGAAGAGGAGACACUAUACAAGUUCAAUACGACCCAACAUCAGUCCAGCAGAAAAAUUAACCCUCACUCUCAGAUUUUUAGCUGCAGGUGUAUCACAGGCUUCACUGUCAUUCAGCUUCACAAUUAGUUCUGCCAGUGUUUGCAAUAUAGUGUACGAGACAUGUGAAGCAAUUUGGUCAGCACUGCAACCAAUGUAUGUAACAGCACCAACAUCUAAGGAAGACUGGUUGAAAAUUAGCAAAGAGUUCGAACAACUAUGGAAUUUUCCUCAUUGUAUUGGUGCCAUUGACGGGAAGCAUGUUGUCAUACAGGCCCCACCCAAUGCUGGUUCGGAAUAUUAUAAUUAUAAGGGGACACAUUCUAUUGUCCUCUUAGCUGUUUGUGAUGCCCGAUACAGAUUUGUGCUUGUUGACAUUGGAGAAGCUGGCCGCUAAAGCGAUGGAGGAAUUUUUUCUAACUGUUCCUUUGGUCAGGCAUUAGAGGCAAAUUCACUGUUUCUCCCAGAUCCAUCUCCACUACCAAACGAUACCAGUAGGCAUCCUCUCCCAUAUGUCAUUGUAGGAGAUGAAGCAUUCCCGUUAAAGUCAUACCUUUUACGCCCUUUUCCUGGACGUUAUUUACCAGAAGACCAGGCUAUUUUUAAUUAUAGGCUCAGUAGAGCCCGAAGAAUAAUUGAGAACACUUUUGGAAUCUUGGCUGCAAGAUGGCGGAUAUUUAGGAAUCCAAUUAAUGCCCAUCCAAACAGAGCAGAAGUGUUUACCAAAGUAGCGAUUGCUCUUCAUAAUUUCCUUCAAACAAGUGAAUCUUCGACUUAUUGUCCAACUGGAUUUGUAGACGGUGAAGA